CCGUUCUAAUUUCUAAGCCACUCGACCAUUCUUGCUGCUGCUAUAAGCCUAUAACAGCUUCCACUCAGCUCUCAUGGCAAAACUUUUCAAAAUUUGCUAGGAAAGUGCCAAAGGAAAAUCAAAAUGGCCUCCAUAUCCACUUGCUUCACUGUGUCCGCCAAAUCUCGCCUCCCAUAUUCUCAUCCAAUUUUCACUUCAAAACCCUCAUUUCGUCUGAAACCUCCCGAUUCUAUUGCUAUUAUCCAGCCUCUUCGUUCCUCCAGAAUUGCCUCCAAAGUUGCUAAUUCUAGGGUUUCUGCGGCCUCGGUGAGGGCGAGCAUUGAUUUUCCCAACGGAAUUAGACCUGGAGCUGCCGUGGAGAGCGAUAAAUUGCCUGCAGAUGUGAGGAAGCGAACGAUGGAAGCUGUUGAUGCUUGUGGAGGAAGGGUUACGAUAGGGGAUGUAGCCAGCAGGGCUGGGCUUAACUUGAAUGAAGCUCAAAAGUCUCUUCAGGCUCUUGCUACUGAUACUGAUGGCUUUUUGGAGGUUUCAGAUGAAGGUGAUGUGCUUUAUGUUUUCCCUAAAGAUUACCGCUCAAAACUUGCAUCAAAGUCGUUUAGGAUGAAAGUUGAACCUCUAAUAGAAAAAGCAAAGGCCACAGCUGAAUAUCUUAUUAGAGUUUCUUUUGGAACAGCACUAAUUGCAUCAAUAGUUAUUGUUUACACAACAAUAAUAGCUCUGCUUUCAAGUAGAAGUGAAGAAGACAAUCGAGGAAGACGUGGAGGCAGAUCAUAUGAUUCAGGAUUCACCUUUUACUUUAGUCCUACUGAUCUAUUUUGGUACUGGGAUCCAUAUUACUAUAGGAGGCGACAAGUACAAACAGAUGGUGAUGGCAAAAUGAACUUCAUUGAAUCUGUCUUCUCAUUUGUGUUUGGGGAUGGUGAUCCUAAUCAAGGAAUUGAAGAAGAGAGGUGGAAGUUGAUUGGACAAUACAUUUCCUCCAAUGGUGGUGUUGUCACAGCUGAAGAACUUGCUCCAUAUCUUGAUUUACAGACUAAUGAGCAAACUAUGAAUGAUGAGUCAUACAUUUUACCAGUUCUUCUACGGUUUGAUGGUCAGCCAGAAAUUGAUGAAGAGGGCAAUAUUCUGUACCGAUUUCCUUCACUUCAGCGUACAGCUUCUUCUCAGAGAAGUAGGAGGAAGGAAUAUGUAGGCAGGAGAUGGGCAGACUGGAUUGGGCUAGAGAAGUUUUUCAGGGAGAAAAAAUGGCAAUUCAGUAAAACCAGUGCAUCAGAGAGAGCAAUGGUUAUUGGAUUGGGUGGGGUUAAUCUGUUUGGAGUCAUUAUUCUUGGAGCCAUGUUAAAGGAUGUUGCUGUUACACCAAGUGGAUUAAUUAAAUUUGUUUCUGGCAUAUUUCCUCUACUUCAGAUAUAUGCUGGUUCUUUCUUUGCUAUUCCUUUGAUCCGCUGGUUCCUUGUUCGCAAGAGGAAUGCUGAAAUAGAAAAAAGAAACCAAGCCAGGGAACAGGUUGCUCGAACACUUGAACUGCCUGAUCCUUCACUAAGGCGGAAGCUUCUGAGUGCUCGGGAUAUGGCCCAAAGGACGGUUAUAGGACAGGACCGCAUUGUCUAUAGUACUGACAGGGACAUCAUUGAGCAAGAUGUUGAGGCCCAAGAAUGGGAUCGGAGAUUCCGAGAGAUUGAGAAGUCAGAGUAGGAGAUAGUUGUUGGAGUUGAACCAGCAGUUUUCUUCUUUCAGAAUAUCGUAGCAUCUCAACUUUUAAUGCGCAGCCUCUUAGUGAAGAUCGAUUGGAAUCCAUCUUCAUAUGGUAAGAAUGUAGUCUCUUGAUAGCGGCAGGGAUAAAAAUGACUUGUACAGUUGCAAUUUCCUUGAUUUAUUCGAGUAUCAAAGAGUUCACAUAUUUAUGUUUUCCUGGGAAAAUUAUCAAAUUUUCCAUCAUUUUCAUCCAAGCUAGCAAAUAGGGAAUGUGAAAUAAACUCUUCACCUGGUGCUCAACUCAUUGAUUCUGCUUCUUUGUUAUUUUUUGUUUUCUCGAGUGUAAAACUGCCUUUCAUUGUACCAUAUUUGCUAUAUUCAAUAAUAGAAAAAUCUCAUUUGAUUACUUA